AUAACCAAUUGAGAAAUCGGCAAAGUAAAUAUCAAUACGUUAGGACUUUACAGGGGUACGAAUUACCCCAGUGAUAAGACAUGCUUGGUUCCACUUUACCGUUAUCCACUUUAUCUUUACCCACUUUAAUUUUCCCCGAAGCUCGUCGAAGUGGGAUGGAGGAUGGAGGGGCAAUUGUAGCUUCCCUUUUACCAACUUCAGCCUGCAUUCCGCAUUCCCGUCGCCCAUUUCUUCACCCUCCUACAACUCUCCUAUAAAAACUCCUCAGCUUCCUCAGCUUUGUAAUACUACGCUUUUGCACAAAAAAGCACAAUAUGCCCUUCGGACAACUUGUCUUAGGGAGUCCAGGCUCGGGAAAGAGCACUUAUUGCGAUGGCAUGCACCAGUACAUGAGCGCGAUAGGGCGCGAAUGUUCUGUGGUGAACUUAGAUCCUGCCAACGACCACACGAACUAUCCUUGUGCCUUAGACAUUCGCGAUUUCAUUACCCUCGAAGAGAUCAUGAAAGAUGACCAGCUUGGACCAAACGGCGGUAUACUAUACGCGUUUGAAGAGCUUGAGAACAACAUGGAAUGGCUUGAGAAUGGACUAAAGGAGUUGGGAGAGUCGUAUAUUCUUUUUGACUGUCCCGGCCAGGUUGAGCUAUAUACGCAUCAUAACUCGCUCCGGAAUAUCUUCUUUAAGCUCCAAAAGUUGGGCUACCGGCUUGUCGCCGUCCAUCUUUCCGAUAGCUUCUGUCUUACUCAGCCUUCCCUUUACAUAUCCAACCUACUACUAACCCUUCGCGCCAUGCUUCAGAUGGACCUUCCUCACAUAAACGUUCUUACCAAGAUCGAUAAAGUCUCGUCCUACGACCCGCUGCCCUUUAACCUCGAUUACUACACUGAAGUACAAGACCUCUCGUACCUUAUGACGGUCCUUGAAGAGGAAUCACCUGCAAUGCGCAGUGAUAAGUUCCGUAGACUAAACGAAGCUGUCGCCAACCUAGUGGAGAGCUUUGCUCUGGUUCGUUUCGAAGUUCUUGCUGUUGAAAAUAAGAAGAGCAUGACGCAUCUUUUGCGGGUUAUCGAUAGAGCGAGUGGUUAUGUUUUCGGCGGCGCGGAGGGCGCGAAUGACUCCAUCUGGCAGGUUGCAAUGCGCAACGAAGGGUCGAUGAUGGAAGUCCAGGACAUCCAAGAGAGAUGGAUUGACGCGAAAGAUGCAUAUGAUGCAGCGGAGGAUAAGGAAUGGGAAGAGCAGCGCAGAAGAAUGGAGGGCGAUACGGGAACUACCACACCAGACCUGAUCCCCGAUGACGACGAUGACGAAUUCGACGGAAUGCCGCCACCAACAGGUGAUAGCGGGAUUAAGGUAGUUCGCAAAAAGCAGUGAUUCCCUCAACCGUCACUUAAUUCCCCCAUCUCUACGUCGCUACCAUCGUCUCCAACGUCUACCUUUUCUUUGUGGUCGUUCUCCGCCGCAAAAAUGAGAUUUCGAGCGCGGCGGAUAGCUUCUUCCUCCGCUUUACGCAUAGUACCACUUACGUGGACAACACGGAAGAUGCAUGGCUUCCCAUUCUUAACCGGAACACUGCUCAUGAAGGUGAGAGCGGCCCAGACGAGGCGAUAUGAUGAUCGCGAAAUACGCAAAAUAAAGUUUCCGCCUUCGACAAGUCCCGAACCGUAGUCCCCAAACAAACUGGCAACCUCGGCGCGUAUGCCCCUGAGGAGACCUGCGGGGUUGAGUUGGUCGGUCGUAGGCUGGUUGAUAACUACAACAUCAGGGAGAUCCGAGCGACUACCAAGUUCAUUCGGGUAGAGGAUCUUCACUAGGAGGUAACGCUCCUUGAUUCGGACCAUUUUUUCUUAAGAAGCCAUCCACUUUCGGGACUCUCGGAAUUACCUGGUGUUAAAGGAGCACAAGUACAGUCAGGAUACGCUCUAACACGUGAUAAUCGCGUGCGCGGAAAAGAU